AUGGAGGUUAGGUCAACAACCACAGACGACUCACCACCCAGCUCUCCGAGCUCGGCAUCCUUCCGCUCAGUCUCAAUGAGCCCCGCAAAGGACAUUCCAGACAAGCUCGAACUCUCCCGCGAAACCUCAAACGUCAGCAAUGUCUCCACCUCUGAUCGCUCACCACCUUCCUCGCCCAAGCCAGCCAGCAGACCAGUCCUCGACAUUGGCGCAAUCAUGGCGUCAAGAGUAGGCGGUGACCCGGAGGACGACGACAUUGACUCGCCCCUCGAGAGGAGGAUCAGCAACGUGAGCGAUCUUAGCGGUACAGCAAGCGACGCCUCGGACAGUGCAGCCGCAUGGGGCUCGUCCUCUGCCUUUGCGAACGGAUCGGCCACGACCGCUGCAGCCUCUGCCUUGUUCGGUAACAGGAUGAAUGCAAGCGCCGUGCACAAGGAAGACGACGACGGCACGAGCACUCCCAUCGCCACCGCUUCCUCGCAACCUGUUCCCAUUCCUUCCUCGCCAGCCCGCAGCGCGACCGCAAGCAGCUCCGGCAGCCCGAAGAGCCCCGUUGUCAGCCCCCUAGGCCCUAUCGCCGAGUCCAUCCUUACGAAGGAGAACGCUCGGCAGUCGCUCAUCUCACAGAAGGAGCGCGAGAAGGAAUUUGACAAGGAGGAGAUCAUCGCCAGCAGCGAGGAGGAGAAGGACGAGGUCCCCGCCACCUUGCCCGACAUGAAGACGCCGUCGAAGCACAAGCGGAACACGUCGAGUGCGUCGGCCGUGUCGCAGACGUCGUCGGUGUCCUUUGAGGAAGUUGGAUUCGGUGACGAGUCUCCCGGCUGGAAGGAAGACCCCCUUUACCCAGCAUCCGAGUACUCGCGGGCUAGUAGCCAGUUCUCCAGCCCGGCCACAAGACUCUACAACGGCAAUGCGCAGGCCGCCAGUCCGACCGCUAGCGAACGCACGAUUUACGGUGCCCUCGCGAACUCGACGUCGAGCCAGAAGGCGGCGUCCCUCGGCCUCAGCAACGCUGGCACGACGGCCGUCCGCGACGGUGAUGUCGACCUCGUGCUUGGCGUUGCUGUCGUCGACUUCAACCACCUUUUUGCCUACCCGCAAUCCCUCCACGAUGCCCUUAUGGCCGACGAGAACUUUGCCCGGCUGCUCCCCUUCCUCGCCCUCCCUGACGGAGCGCACCUUAGCGAGGAAGACUACUCCUACUUCCGAGAUUCCGCCACGCAGGACGUUGUUCGGCAUCUCAUCGCUGCUGCGGAUCUGCUGCAAAAGUCAUCCGAUGUGACACGCAGCAUGGUCCAGAAAGCCGUCAUUGUGCUUGCCUCGCAGCCCGUCUUUGGCCCGGUCCGCGACCGUCUCGGUGUCGUCACGAAGGCAUUCUUUGCACAGCGCGAUUUCGGCAGCACGCAGAUCCUGCAGGACUUUUACACGAGCCUCGAGGCUAGCCUGGAGGGCAAGGCCGGCGAGAGCGCAAUUUACAUGGGUGAGCUGCAUUCUAGCGCUCUAGCUAACAUCAGGCACCUCGCUGCGCGAGCUCGUCCACAAGUUCCGCCACCGCACGCUUGUGCUUCUCAAGAUGCUGCUGCUGCAGCGUCGCAUCAUGUUGUUUGGAUACCCAGUGGAGAUGCUGUGCACGUACCAGUACAGCCUGGUUUCCUUAAUCCCGGGACUCCUGAUGGCUUUGCGACGAGCGACCGAGCGAGUCUGCUGCGGUACAUGGGUCUUCCCGACUCGUGCUUCCAGCCGUACCUGCCGCUGCAGCAAAUCGAUAUGCUCGCGGCGCGUUCAUGGCUCGUGGGCACGACAAACCAGAUCGUGACGCAGCAGCGGGACUGCUCUUACGACCUGCUCGUGAACAUUGACGAGAACACGUUCACGUUCUCGGACCCGAAGCUCGAACGCGUCGUCGGGCUGACGGCGGCGGACCGUACGUGGAUGAACGAGAUGGUGCGCGUCGUCGAGGACACGUACAACCUCCCCGAGGGCGAACGGCCAGGCUUUGUCGGCAGCGACGACGACCUGCGCGCACGUUUCGAGGAGUACAUCUGCGCCUUCCUCGCAUCGAUCAAGUACGCCGACUUCAUUGGACACGGGCCGUUAGCGAAUGCGCCCCCCGCCGCGUCGGGGGUCACGACCGAGGUCAACCCACUCAUUAACUUUGGUGAGCCGUUCGCUCAGUACUUCCGCAUGACGCCGGCUGCCGAGAUCUGGGACCAGUGCACGGACCCGACGAUCUUUGACCUCUCGGAGCCGCGACACCCAUGCGAGGGCAAAGCCACUGCCGUGUCUGACUUGUCUAUCCGUUUGUCGGAGGGUCUGCACGACCUGCGCAUUGACGAAACGCUGGAGAGCACACGCGAGACGCUAGCCAACGCGGGCGCGACGGUUUCCUCGACGCUCUUCCGCGCGUUCGACGGUGUGCGCAGCGAGGUCAACAACCGCCUUGAGGCCGAGCGUGCCCGCCGCGCCGCGGCAACCGCGAAUAGCGAUGCCAACGGGCGCCGAGUAUCGGGUGCGUCGCAGGCCUCCAAGGCGAGCGUCGGCAACGCAAGCGCGAGCGGCGUGUCCCUCGCGUCGCAGGCCUCCGGAAGCAGCGGGAGCAACACGCCGUCAUCGCCUCUUGCGCCGAUUGGAUCGACGCUCGGCGGGUGGGGAGCGAGCGUCAGCGGCUUCUUCGGUAGCAAGUGGAAGAGUGCCGGACCGCCGCCGGUCGAGCGAAGGAAUAGCGGUCUCAGGCCUAUGAGCCUCCAGGGCGGGUCUCCUAAGAGGAGCGAGAGCCCGACGAAGCGGGGUGCGGUGUAA